CUCUCAGAGACCUGGUUCAGACCUGGUUCAGUCCUGGUUUAGUCCUGGUUCAGACCUGGUUCAGUCCUGGUUUAGUCCUGGUUUAGUCCUGGUUCAGACCUGGUUCAGUCCUGGUUUAGUCCUGGUUUAUUCCUGGUUCAGACCUGGUUCAGUCCUGGUUUAGUCCUGGUUUAUUCCUGGUUUAGACCUGGUUCAGUCCUGGUUUUGUUCUCGGACAUGUUCCUCAGCCUGUUCCUGUCCCUCUGCUGCUGGGGGGUCCUGGCAGAAAACAACAGCUCAGCAGACAUCAGGCUGGUGGGCGGGGCCAGUCGUUGUUCUGGGACUGUGGAGGUGAGACUCAGAGGAGAGUGGAGACGUGUGCAUGAGCCCUUCGGACGCUGGGACCUGGAGCACACAGCUGCUGUGUGCAGGGACCUGGACUGUGGUUCUGCUGUUUCUGGAGGAUACAGAGGAGGUUUUCCCCAGAGUCGUGUUUGGUGGCUCAGAUCUGACUGUGUGAAGGAGUCUUCAGUGAGAGGAUGUGUCUCACUCUCUGAUUCUCUCUCCUCUUCUCGGGCUCUGGAGGUGGAGUGUUCAGGGGCCCAGGCAGAAAACAACAGCUCAGCAGAGCUCAGACUCGUGGGAGGAGUCAGUCGUUGUUGUGGGACUGUGGAGAUCAGACUCAGAGGAGAGUGGAGACGAGUGAUUGAGCUCGAUGAACCCUGGGACCUGGAGCACACAGCUGUUGUGUGCAAAGACCUGGACUGUGGCUCUGCUGUUUAUGGAGAAGAGAGAUAUGAUUUUCCACAGAGUCAUGUGUGGAUGGUUUCAUCUGACUGUGUGAAGGGGUCUUCAAUGAGAGAAUGUGUCUCUCAUUCAUCGUCCUCUUCCUGGGGUGUGGACGUGAUGUGUUCAGACUUCAUCUUGAAUCGUCCAAUCAUCUCCGUGUCUGUGAGUGACGGGGCGUCCGAGCUCCACCCUCAGGGGGUGCGGGUGCAGUUGGGCUCAAAGUUUCGGGUCAAAUGCUUUGUGGAGCCACAGUACCCGGGAGGCUCCUUCCGGCUCCUCUCUCCCGCCGCGCCCCCCGCUCAGAACCGCACCCUGCCCGCCGUCAAUCACUCCGCCCACUUCCUGUUCUCUGACGUUGACCACGCCCACAAAGGAAACUACACCUGUGUUUACCUCCUGCAGGUGUUCAACCACAACUUCUCCUCUCAGAGCCACACACUCUAGCUCUCUGUGGGAGAGAGAACACUCAUAUUCC